UUCUAACCUAACUAACGUGAAUGUAUACAACUCCUACGUAGUUAAAUAGAUACAGCGUUGUUUAUAUUUACAAAUUGGCCUUGGAAUAAUUAUUGAAAAAUGAAUAAUGAAAAUUAUGUGGAAAUCGGAGUACUACUAGUUGAGUUAAGUCAGCAGCUGAUUGUAUUAAAGCAAUACCUUUCUCGAAGAAGAAAGAAGUUCAAGAGAUGGUGGAGCAAACCACUGAUCCGACAAAACUAUCUGACAGGAUAUGGUGGUUACGCAAUGACAUUCCAGUAUUUUCAACUUCAUGAUGAGGAGCAGUUUAUAAAUUUCACCAGGAUGAAUGUACAGACAUACAUGUAUGUGUAUGAUCUUGUUAGAGAAAGAUUGGUCAAAAGAAGUAUAAGACCAGCUUUGCCACCUGAGCUGAGAUUUUCUUUAACUUUAAACUAUUUGGCGCAUGGUGAUUCAAUUCGAAAGCACGAAUGGUUUUAUAAUAUUGGAUUGUCUACUGUCAAACAAGUGAUACCAGAAGUAUGCACUGUUUUAUGCGAAGUACUCAUGCCACUAUUCCUCCAAUAUCCUUCACGUCAACAAUUUCAAGUCAUAGCAAAUGAAUUGAUGGAAGAUUUGUAUUUCCCAAAUUGCAUAGGAGUUCUUGACGGAAAACACUGUAAGAUCAACAAGCCUCCAGGUAGCGGUAGCUUAUUUUUCAACUUCGAAAAUUUCUAUAGUAUUGUUCUGAUGGCAGUUUGUGAUUCAAAAAAAAAACGCUUUAUCUGGGCAAAUAUUGGAGAUUAUGGAUCUUGCAACGAUGCAAGCAUAUUUGCUGAGAAUGAUUUUGGACAUGCUUUAUUAAACAAUGAGAUCGAGCUACCGCCUUCACAACCAUUGCCAAACACACAAAUCCAAAGUCCAUAUGUAUUGAUCGGAGAUGGAGGUUUUCCAUUAAAAUCGAAUUUAAUGAAGCCUUUCAUAAGAAAUGGUAACAUGACUAUACCGCAUAGAGUUUUUAAUUACAGACUGAGUCAUGCACGUAGGAUUAUUGAAAGUGCGUUUGGAGAAUUGACUGAAAGGUGGUUAGUAAAUGAAUCAAAUUUAAAAUGGAAGCUAACAACAUCAGAAAGGAUAAUUAUGAGUUCACUGUGUCUUCAUAAUGUUAUAAAAGACUUUCAGUAUAACGAGGUAGGAAACAGAUGGAACAAUAAUCAUAGAAUCAUACCCAUUCUUCAACACGAGGAUAUUAACAGAGAUCAACCCCUUGGAGCACAUAGAAUACGUGAGCAGUUCUGUGAAUAUUUUAUUACUCCUGCUGGGUCUGUUCCAUGGCAGUGGGCAAGAAUUUAAAAAGUGUACUGUAUUCCACUUAUGGAGGUGUCAAACUAGAGGAUGGUAUUGUGUUUCAUGGAUUACUUAACAGACGUAAUUCUAUAUGGGCAACUGUGCUAAAAAUACAACCAAAAAACUAGGAAUAACUCGUAAGCAACAAGAUGAACUCACCACUAAUAGUUACAAACGAAGAACAGAAUGCGUUUGAGGAUGAACUAGUGCCUGUUCAUGUACUACAAAAGAAGGGUAAACCAGAUAUAGUUUUCAGAGCAGCUGAAGAAUACAAGAGGGUUAAUAACAUCGAAAAAUUCAGAAAAUUAUCAAUGGUUUUCCACGUAUGAUAGCAUAUACAUUUCAGAUAAUAUAUUCAGAUUUAAAUAAGACUGAACGUACAAGAAUCAUUUUUAACACCUUAGACAGAAACUGUAUUGUAAUAAAAAAAGUUUUCAAGUGAUGUAAAUAACAUUU